AUGGUCAUGGGCAAACACACCGAUCAAAAAUUCGCCACGGAGGAGGAAUUCUUCAAGUUAGAGCAAGUGCUGAACGAGACCGCUGACGAGACGGCGAACUGCCUGAAGCUGCUCAAGAAGCACCUGUCCGACUACGACAGUCGCAAUGGCAAUCAAUCCAGGAAUACGGCGGCGUCCUUCAUGCGGACCGAUAUGCGCAAUGCCAAGGAUACGGCCUCGGACCUGAAACACGUGGCCCACGAGAUCAACAGGAACCAGAAGCCGUCCAAGACGGAAAUCGCUUCUGCUCGUAACAUGAUGGACUCGACAGCCAGAGCCAUCGAAACCUUGAAGACUACGGCUCGCAACUACGAUAGAGAGAACAAGCAGCGCAUGGGAGUCAAGGGACGAGUUGAUGCCGCCGUUGGUGGGCGCAAUAACAAGGGAAUGGGAGACAACCGCGGACUGCAUGGUACAGGUGAGAUGCACAACGCGAGAGAAGAUGAUCGCGGGUACUUUGGCAAAAACGAGAACGAGCGACGUGAGGACCGUGGCUUCGUCGGUAUGAACGAGAGUGGUGCAGACCGUGGCUUUGUCGGAAAGAACGAGAACGAGCGAGGUGAGGACGGCGGCUUCUUAGGAAACACCAGUGCAUCUUGCGGAGGUGUCUUGGACAAGAACCGGGAAGAAGGAAAUGCACACGGAGGCAUGUUGGGGGGUGUCAGGAAUGAGGGCCACCACAGCGGUGCUCUCGGCGGCAAUAAAGACGAUAACGGAGGCAUGUUGGGGGGUGUCAGGAAUGAGGGCCACCACAGCGGUGCUCUCGGCGGCAAUAAAGACGAUAACGGAGGCGUCAUGGGGAGCUCCGAGACCGUGGAGACGCUCGUGCGUAAGAUUCUUCGCGACCACUUCAGCCUCAGCGCGCUAGACCACCAGAUCAAAGCUGCAGAAAAGUCUCUCUCGCCGUCUCUCAUGGAGCGUGCGAAGGAGAAAAUGCAUGACGUGAAGGAAAAGAUCAAGGGCGACAAGUCCGAACCCAUUCAUGAAGGACACGGUUACCCCCACGAAGGCCACCACCACCAGCAAACGGCGAUGCCGUAA